UACUGUUACAAUCACUCUGCUUGCGUUUUGAUACAUAUAAAGUUUAUCACCCACGCAAAUACGUGACAGUAUCAACACACACUCGAGUGGUGCUGCACCGGUGUGCAACGCUGCCCAAAUAAGAUAGACUACGGUAACAAUACCUCCCCCCCACUCAUCAGAUUUGGGCCUCAAAGCAGUCGACAUUUAGGAACAGACGGAUCCAAAAUGGCGGACAUACAUCUUGCUAAAUAGAGAUCAUGAGAGAGAAGAAUGGUUUCAAGUGUUGGCGACUCGUGUAAUGUUCCUGCUAAGAUGACAAGCAAGUCAGUAUUGUGGUGGAAACAUUUCUAUCCCUUCCUGUGGAACACUCUACCAAAAUGUGAAAGGACACAGUUGGCUUCUGUGUGUUUCUGAUAACCUAUUGGAUCCUGUCCCUCUCAAACCAGAUUUCUGAACCCUUUCUUCAGUCAAAAUUCUGAUUUUUCGUUCUGUUGAUCUCUCUACCAUGGUAUCUGUUUUCCCUGGUUGUAGACCCAAUAUUGUCUUGCGGCUUUCCCAUGACUUAUAAAAUCGACAUACGAUGGACGAAAAAAUUGAGGAGGAUCAGCCUAAGUUAUCUAUACCAAAGUCAAGUUCGUUUUCACCGAAAAUCACGCGACCAAAGCUGCCAUCGUUUACCGGCAGCCGGUCCACAAGUCCAAGGUCAAAGACUGACCCCGGCAGAGGUGACAUUAAGUCGAUAAUGGAAGAUAUCAUGAACCUCAACAAAGUCGAUUUCCCAAAAACCUAUGGUCGAAUGCAUGGAUUGAGGUCUCAUGCACCAGGAAAGUCCCAGUCAACAAACACGUCUCCUUCUGCGUCUCCUGUCGUGGGUUCUCCCGCGGUGGAUGAACCGCGAUCUGCCUUUUCAAGGAAUCGAAGUCGCAGUUUGAAACAGCUAACUGAUAAACUCAAAAGUGGUGGAAAGUAUAGCACGGAACCCAGAAGUGCUAACAUUCCAGAGACAUCUGAUGCACUCCCAGACAGAGCAAAACCUACAAGUCCCAUGGAGUCGGAAGCUGAUGCUUACGGCACUGAAGCUGAUUAUUAUGAUCAGACUGAAUUAGACACAGCACAAGAAACACCUCAGGAGGAAUACCCAACACAUGCAGGAUCAGAUCCUACAGAGAGACAAGUUCUGGAGUCUGCAGCAAUGGUUCAGUCUCAGGAUUCCGUGGACCUUGAGAUGGAGGCCCUGACAGGAGAGAGCAGCACUGAUGGGCCAGAUGUGUUGGUGAGAGAAGAUCUAGCGGAGAGUGCAGGCAGUGCAGAUAGCCCAGACCUCAUAGGUCUACGUGAGAGAACACCAGAAAGUGACGAUCAACGAGGCGAUGAUAUUAAGACGAGUCGAACGUUUGUUCGACUGAAUAUUGAAAAAUCUGGAGAUGAUGAAGGUGUGGGCGAUGGGGAGAGCUCCAGCCCUCAAGUUAGUACUUUCACUUAUCAUCCUAUUGGUCGUAACUCCCCUUUUCUGAAGUUAGCUGCCACUGCCCCAUGUCCUAAAAGACGGACUGGCAUCACAACUUUGGCAACAUUAGGUCGUGUUCAGCAAAUGUAUGGAAGAGAGGAAGCAGGUAGAAGUGACGACCAGUCUAACAAACGAUCCCAGCGCCGUGAACCCAACCAGGGCGGUGCUGGUCAGAAAGUGUCUCCUGUUCGUUUUAUCACACAUCCCCCUCAUAGGAAAGCUACAUUCCGGGAAGAAGGUUCCGUGGAUAGUAAUGGUUUUGGAGCUUUAAAGUCCUCCUCGGGAGAGAGUGAGGAUGACCAGAAACACAGCCAGCUGUCUCUGGCUGACAGUCAGCUCUGUGCCAGUGAGGCAGGGGAUGAUCCCACCUACCAAGAUGUUAUGGAAAGUGUUGUAGGAGAGAGUAACGAUCCUGGUGAUCGGAAAAAUGGUAAAUCUCUAAAACAGAAAUCCAAAAGUGACCCUAGUGGCAGUAAGACAAGGGAGAUGUCUGACUUUUCCCAAGUCAUGGACUCCAACCAGUCUCAGAGUGCUCCUCUCUUGUCCAAGGAGGACCGAGAAGGAAGUCUUGAUGAUGACUUCCGGAUAUCGGAGGAAGGGACGAAACCCAAGUCCCGCUCAGAGAACAUUCUCUCCUCGGGAAGCAACAUUGAGGAGAGUAUAGUGGAGCAGUCGACGGAUGAGGAUGAGGAGACAACUGAUGAUGCAAACAAUUUACUUAGUCCCGACUCCCGCAAACAUGCGACAGUGUUCUCCUCAGCUCCCUCCACUCCUCAUCGCCACUCUCCAGUUCCUUCCCUGGAGUGUACAGACCAUCUCCUCAGUGUCCCUGCCCCCAAGAAACCCAUUCUCCGAAGUGCAAGCUCAGCCAGUGUGUUACAAAGGAAGGGCCAUGGUUCCAAGGAUAAGGACAAGGAUAAGGAUGUGAUACGGAAGUACAGUAUAACAACUGAUGAGAAGGCAGCCUCCUUGGUUCCAGACUUUGCACCUAUAGGAGAUAACAGUGGAUUAGCUAUAAGUAUGCCCUCAGUAUGGAAGGAUAGGCUUCCCAGCUCAGAGUCCCCAGACAGAGAACCUUCAUUCAUAAAGGACAAACGAUACCAUAUUGUGGAAGAAAUUUACCGCAACGAAAAAGAAUAUGUAGAGGCCCUCAAGACACUCAAAGAUAAAUACAUGGUCCCACUAAAGACACAGAGUAGCCUAGAUGAUACAAUAGUGGACAAUAUAUUCUACAUGAUACCCGAGAUUCUCACACAUCACUCUAUAUAUCUGGACUUCCUGGACAACGUGUGGAAGCACUGGGACACAGCCACCAGCACAGUGGGGAACAUCAUCACAUUUAUUUUUUCAAAACAGACUGUGUUAGAGAGCUAUUUAUCAUUUGUGGAGAACUACCGGUUGUCUGGGAAGGUUAUAGAGAACGCCCUCACCAACAAGUCCUCUGUACAGAAGUUUGUAGAGCAAUGUCAGCGAGACAGUGGCAGCAAGCUGUCGAUGAAGGACCUUAUUGUCCGUCCCAUCCAGAGGAUUCCGCGUUAUGAACUGCUUAUACAGCGCCUUCUGGAGAACACUCCGCGUGACCACCCUGACUUCCCCCUGCUCCAGCAGGCGGACAAAGUGAUGCAUGAUCUGGCCAUGCGCAUCGGCAACCUCAACGACAGUCAGCAUGAAGAAGACAUGCAGGAAUCUCUGAAGAAGCUGGAGCUCCUCCUCAUUACUGAUCUGGCAGUCCCAGACAGGACCUACAUCCGACAUGACAUGGUGCAGAUAAUUGCCAAGAAGGACCAAUGUUGUAUGUGGUUGUUCUCUGACCUGAUGAUCCUCAGCUCCAUAAAGAGGAAGAGUGGACCUGUCACACGCAAAGUCUCCAUUAUUCUGAAAUCCCCUGCCGGCCAGGACUUUGCAGAGAAUAUAAAGCAUAAAGUGUGGCUGAGGAUUGGAUUGGAUGACAUUGAAAUAUUCAAGACCCAGGGUUCUCUGACCCGAAAGGCGACACUAGACCGGGACCAGGUAGAGGAUGAUUUGAACCUGGUCACGCAGAUGACGGAGCUGGCAAACAAGAUGGCAUUCCCACACCAGGUGCUGGAUGAAGCGCUGAAGGAGAUGUCAUCGUCACUGUUUAAACAGCUCUCGGAAUGUCACAUCCGCAGCCCCACGUCCGAGUCAAACAAGCUGGAGCUUCUGGUCACAACACAAGAGGGGGUCCACCAGUUUGUGGUCGUGUUCCCCUCCACGGAGAAGAGGAUAACGUGGGAGGCAGCCUUUACAGAUGCCAAAACCAAACUCUCCUUAUUGUCCGAUAAGCGAGCGCCUGAGUUCUUACAACCUCUACAGAUAACUAAAACGCGUGCUGGCAUGCAGUUUUCCUGUGCAGCCCCUAUUGAUGGCCUAAAUGCUAACGGCUAUCGUGAUGUAUGGGUGUGCAACAGCGAUGGCUAUGUAGGUCACAUGUGCUUGCUGAGUCUUCAGCCUGAGCCAAUCGUCACUCUCAAUACUCCUGUCCCAGGGUGCAAUGCUCGCAUCCUGUGCAUCUGUGCCGUGCCUGCUUACAUUGGAGCGUUUCGGAGAAGAAGCAGUACAAAGGGUCGGCAAAGGCAGCAGCAACGAGACUCAAUUGGCUCUCCGUCCGAGGGUCCGCGUAUUAAUGUAGAGAAAGUAGACGAGGAUGUGGACAAUAUCCCCGAGGAUGGGUAUCAGUCGGACUCCGAGUCUGAACCUGAGUCGGAUGAUGAACCUUUGUCUUUCAUCCCCCAUCAGGAUGAGCUGUAUGUUGGAGAUCUGGUCUCGGAUGAUGAUGCUCCUCCGCGGCCGGUAAUCUCCCCUCUCGCACAGAACAGCCCCGACCCCAUCACGACAACAGGAAACUGGAUGCAGGAUGCUCAGCGGAGUACCAUGUGGCUCGGCACUGAGGAUGGCUGCAUUCACAUAUUCCAGUGUACAGAUAAUAUCAAAACAACGAAAAACAAACUCAAAAUCCAGCAUGGAUCACCGGUGUAUGGCAUUGUAUAUCUUGAUAACAAAGUGUUUGUGUCUCUGGCUAAUGGGGAUCUGAUUGUCUAUAAGAGAGAGUUGAGCAUGGUAUUCAAUGAGGGCCUGUGGGACACAGAGAGGCCGUACACACGCACAAUCGGAAGUGCCACCUCCCCGAUCACGAAGAUGCUGGCCGUGGCAGGCAAACUCUGGUGUGGUUGUCAGAACAACAUCCAUGUUAUAAACCCCCUUACGCUCAGUGUCGAGACGUUCCAGGUGACGACAGAUGCGAACCGCUCCGUGCAGUGCAUGGUCUGUGCAGGACAAGGGGUGUGGAUUGCUUCUCAACAGUCCUCAAAAGUCAGCCUAUUCCAUGCCACAACCUUCGAACCCCUCCUUGAAGUCAGCAUCGCACAGGCUGUGUCCGCCAAACUGCAGUCGGCUGACGACAUUAUCCGGCAGCACAAGGCAGCAUGUUUGCGGAUCACAGCUCUGCUCAUCUGUAAGGACCUGCUGUGGGUGGGGACGAGUGCUGGAGUCAUCCUCACCAUCCCCAUCCCGAAGAUCACCUCAACCACAACCAAUGGUUCUCUGGCCAUCCCUUCUGUCACAGGCCUAGUCUACGGGCACACCGGACAUGUCCGCUUUCUGACAAGUGUGGAGCUCUCUGUUGGAGGAGGUCAGAAAAGCGAGGCUAAGGAAUCUCAGGGCGAGGGAAGUGCCAUGCCUGACCUUCACAGGCGGUCCUCAAUGGCAGCUACUAUUGCUACCAUGGCAACACGGAUGCUUGUGAUAAGUGGCGGGGAUGGUUACGAGGAUUUCCGCAAUACAUCGGCCAACGAGGCAGCUGGCCGGGACGAUAGCACAAAUCACCUACUGUUGUGGCAGGUGUGAGAGGAACUGAUGGACGGAUGACUGACGCUCCUACUGGGUGGCAGAUCACUGGGGUUUCAUUUACUGCUCAACACAACCAAGUUAAAGACAGCCUACUUCUGUACAGGCACUAAUCUGCCCUUGCUCGACUCGUAGAUUGAGGAUCUGUACUUAUAGUUUGAGUGUUCAUUACUCUAAGGCCACACUUUUUCAAUUUGUUGGUUUACAGAUUUGACCAACCGAAGCCAAAUCUGAGUCAUUUUAUAAAAGAACAGUUCAAUUAUAUUUUCUUCCUUAAUCUUUGAUGUGUGUGAAAAGUUUGUAAAAACUCCAUAAAAUUGUUUUUAAAGUAUGACCGUAAUGAAACUUAAAGAGUUGUCAUGGAGUCCUGGUAACUUCUUAACAUAUUUUCUAAAAAAUUAACUUUGGCAGUUGAAGAAUUGAAAAAUCUCAAGCACUGAUCUGAAUUAUUAUGUUGUGGUAGGGACAUGCGCUGCAUGGCCUCAUGUGUUGGGACACAGUGUACAAGUCUUGCAUAUCAUGACCUGUGGACAAGAGAGAUCUGCAGCACAUGAGGAUUGGAAAAUAACGUUAUUCCUUGUCACGGAAUCAGUGUGGUUUAGUUGAUACAUUGACAUUUCUUGUAUUGAACUGUGUCUGCCCAAUCUGCCCCCAGCAGGAACCGGUGUGUUACGUGUGCAUAUCUACUUGGUGCUCAUCUGAAAACAGGUUGUGAAAUAUUCAUCAACCAGAGGUAUUUUGCUUGCAAGUAUUUUAAAUUGUCUAUUUAUUUCAGUUGUACAUAGUCGCCCAUGCUGUACAGAGUUGGGAUUUGAAGGAUGGCUAGGAAAGGGAGAGAAUGAGUGAGCAAACAUAAUACCAAUGUCACUCACGGGAGAUGACUUCGUCCAAUGCCAGCAUCUAUUGUGGAUGCAACAAGGAAUGUCAUGGCCCAAGUGUACCCUUGCCCCUUAAUUAGUGAAAGAAAAACUAAUGCCUCCUUAGAUGGAGGAUCCCCCUAGCUGCUUUCCCUGUAUUAUCUCUCUACCAGUACCAGCCUCUAUUCCCUGUUGUAAGAUAUGUUCUAAAGUUGACAUGUUUGUGUAAAAAACAUUCAUGUGGGUUAGCCCUGUGGUUACUGUGUCCAUCUUUCAUGCACAGGUUUGAUUCCCUGGGCCCCGUUCCACAAAGCGAUCUUAGCGCUAAGUCGAUCGUAACUCUCAUUCUUUAACACUGACUUAAGACAGUCAUAGCACUAAGAUCCCUUUAUGGAACGGGUCUCUGAACACUAGCGUCCAAAACUGGAACCUGGGGCUGUUGUACGUAACAACCUUAGCGCUACGAUGAUCGUAAGUCUUUGUUAUAGUAUGGUAAUUGCGAUUACCUCGCACUAUGAUCCCUUUGUAUAAUGACACCCUAGGUGCCGGUGUACAAAACAACCUUACUCUACGACUGUCGUAAGUCUAUGUUAAGGUAUGGGAGUUACGAUCACCUUAGCGCUAAGAUCGCUUUGUACAAUGGCACCCUGGUCAACAACGUGACCUUAGGGCUAUGCUGAUUUACAUCAAGUAUGGACGUUAUACCAGUCGUAGCGCUAAAAUAGAACAGGCUAUGAUGUGGACUAGUCAGCCAUUGUUGGUAUUGUGCUACUUGUCUUACAACAUAUGAUGUCCCAACUCUGUUAUUUCCGAGUGAUGACAGUUGGUAUUAUGUUUGUCUCCAGAAUCUGUGGCUUCUCCCAACUAUUCAGCUACACAGAGACAGAGGUGAAUGCUCCAUUGACGAAGAUGGGGCUCUCUCUCCCCAUGUGCCAAAUACUUCCUUGUUACCAGUGUUAUAUGGCUUGUUAUUUACUACAGAUGUUAUAGAAGCGUUAUGCAGGGGAACUCGUUACCCCCGACGGUGGGGACACAAAUGUGCUUGAAAUGUGAUGUGUUCUGGUAAACUGAUUCAAGAGAAGGCCUAUGCCAUUCAAAGUGUUGCUAUUAAACUAUUUGUUGUCUAUUUUGAGGCGGAAGUACUCUCAAGUGAUUUUUUUAUCUUUAAGAGUUUUUAUGCGAAUCAUGACUUAUCUGAUGUGUAGAGACAUACAUUUAUGCUCAUACAGAUUUGGAUAUAUUAAGUAUUAUAUGAUCGUUUAAACUUUUAUGCCCUGGUUAAUUAAAAAAAAUUUGUAUGCUAAAAUCAAAACUCAAUGUUAAAUGACUGUGUGAUUGAUUCAACAAAUAUAAACUUAUGAAUCUUAUGAAUAUGAAUCUCUUUUCGUUGUUGUCUCGACCAUUACAGCAUUACUACCGAGACUGUUAGUACCUGCCCCCGCACCUCACCCCAGCCAACCUUCCUCACCCCCCCCUACCCCACGUCCCUCACCCCCACUCCACAUCCCUCACCCCUCAUAUGAAUCAGUGCUAUUUAUGAAGCAUUCAGUUUUGUCUCUGCAUUAGUGCCUUAAUCGAGCUGAAAUGUGUUCUUCACAGUCAACUUGUUUGUAAUAAAUCUGAGUGUAUUUAUAAUCUGAUAUCUAUUCUGUACAGAUUGACCGAUAUAUGUGUGUAGUACAUUGUAGGAUGUGAUGUCAGAAGCAUUGUACUACAUUGUAGAACUGUAUGAUGUAGUACAUUGUAGGAUGUGAUGUCAGAAGCAUUGUACUACAUUGUAGAGCUGUAUGAUGUAGUACAUUGUAGGAUGUGAUGUCAGAAGCAUUGUACUACAUUGUAGAGCUGUAUGAUGUAGUACAUUGUAGGAUGUGAUGUCAGAAGCAUUGUACUUCAUUGUAGAACUGUAUGAUGUAGUACAUUGUAGGAUGUGAUGUCAGAAGCAUUGUACUACAUUGUAGAGCUGUAUGAUGUACAUUGUAGGAUGUGAUGUCAGAAGCAUUGUACUACAUUGUAGAACUGUAGGAUGUAGUACACUGUAGGAUGUCAUGUUGGUGUGCAUUGUACUACAUUGUAGAAGUUAUGAAGUAAUACAUUGUAGGAUGUGACCGACAUUGAAACACAUGGUACUACAUUGUACAAAUGUUUGAUGAUGUACAUUGUAGGAUGUGACAUAUCAGUACACGUUGUAGGAUGUGACAUAUCAGUACACAUUGUAGGAUGUGACCUGGUGUCAGUACUAGAGUAUUGUGACAAUCACAGCGACAGUGUACUAAGUGUAUGACAAUAUCCAUUGUCAUGACAAGUCUGUCCCCUCACACAUCAACACUUGCUAACAUUGUCUUGACUACAGAACAUACAAGAUGUGUAAUGGAUGAUUAUAUCACUGUAGUAGACCGACCUAGCAGCUGAUAACCUCUCAUUCCACUCUCAGACACUGCUCAGCCCAUUUAUCAUAAACAGCAGAAUUUCCAAUCAGAUAUGCAAGUGUUAUUUUGGCUUCUUUUUUUUGUUUGAUCUUGAAGUAAAUCGGUUCAAUGGUUUAAAUGAUUCAAUGGAAUCCUAUCCUGGAAAAUAUAAAUGCAAAUUAAGCACAGAAAAUAUCGAUGAUUCUGCUAUUUUUGUUUAAAGUAGCUUUCAUUGUAAAGUUUGUUCAAGGUUCUCGGUGUGUUACCAAAGGGAUUAUGUUAUUUCGUACUGUGUAUGAAGACGUAUCUGUCUCAGCGUUGCUCAUCUCCGAGGCACAUGCACAAUUGUCUGCUUUCAAGUAGCCGAAGUCUUCUCUCACACGGUAAUGUAACAUUCAAUAAAGGAUAUAUUCAUGACCUUUUUGUAGUCCCCAGUGAAGGGAAUGUUAGUAUAAGAGAUACAUACGUGUCUGUUUUCUCACAAGAAUUUAUCAUUUCCCACAUAGUUGAGAAAUUUGAUCAAAGUGUUUUUGAUCAUUUUCGUUUUUCGAGUGGAAAUAUUAUUUGCUCAUGUAGCCAAGUUUGUCUUGUUGAGAUUCUAUUAAGCCCUGUUACUUUAUUUUCAUUGAUGUCACUCAUUCUCAUAGUGGUAUAUUGGUUUAUAAUGAACAGGUCUCUUUGAUUGGUUGUACCAAUGUCUAUUCAUACUAGUGUUGCUAUUUUCUUUUAGUUCGGGAAAUUUUUAAAGUUUAAUUUUAUUAUUGAUACGAAUAUCAGAGACCAUAUCAUAUGUUCCGGUUUUAUUGAUGGGGCAACACUUUUUUAUUUUAUUGUUUAUCUUUGGUCAGUCAGAGUAAAAUGAAUGUUUUUUUACUUUAAUUGUCAAAAUAUUGUGUGGGUAAGCCCGGGUAGCCAAAUCUGUUUUAUAUAAAAGAAUUGUGCAAAGUGUUGAAUUCUUUCAGAGAAUUGUUUGUUCGCUUUGGUGUGGGAAGAAACCGCAGUGAAUUUAAUCAAUUAAUAUCCAACUUUUUGAUGCAUUUUAUUGCUACAUAUCUCUUCAGUUUUUUUAUCCAAAACAAAGUGGACAGGAAAUUGAAAUGAAAAAAUAUCCCCCAUUGGUUUAGUGAUGGCUGGCCAAAAGAAAGUAUACACUUGAAAAUUGAAUUUGACUAAUUACUAAGCAGAAAACAGUUGCUGAAACACUGCAAGCUUAAGAUCCAGAACUAAACUAUGAUACCUAUCUAAUAUAUCACCAUCGAAUAUUUUAGCCACCAUGCAACAUGGGUGCAUACUUUGUUUUGUCCAGCAGAUGAGUUGAUGGCUUUGGGCUGUGCUCAACUCACAACCAUAAAAUGAAAACAGUGUUUCCUUUGUUACAAGGUGAUUGCAUUUACAGAACAUAUCACAACUAUAACUUUAUAUCACAGCAAUAGAAUUAUUGCAUAUGAAAGAAACAUGACAAUCAGAAAUAUUUAUAUUUUUUGAGCGAUGAAUCAUACAUUAUGACAGAUAGAGUUCCAGUUUAUGUUUGUAGAAAGUUUAAGUCAGUAUUUAUUGAGCUCAAUGAGUCAGCUGCAAGGCCCUUUCCAGAAAGUGAUCUUAGCACUAAGAUGACCAUCCCUCCAGCACUUCUAAGACUGACUUACGUCAGUCGUAGAGCGAAGGUCUCCAUGGAACGGGCCCUGAACUAGUAUUACGUGAGUCCACACAUCUAUAGUCACUGCCGAUGUUCACUGCCAUGCAAUGCAAAUGUAGUAUAUUUACAUAGAAGUCUCCAUGUGUGACAAUUGCAGCAGCGUUGUGUUGCUAUAGACACAUGGAUGCUGGGUGUAGUUACCAUUUAUACAACAUCAAUGUAGAAAGGACAUUUAACUGGAUUGUAAAGUAGGACAGUGUGUAAUUAAGUCUGACUUACAAUUUAUUUGCCUUUUGUUGAGGCAAUUCUUUCAAGGCUGCGUUCCACAAAGCAAUCACAGUGCUAGGACUGCAGCAAUGUAUGUAUAGCUGUAGCCAUUGUAGCCAUACAAGGUGUGGAAACAUUACCAAGAACACUUUUAAGUUGAUAGGGACCCUUCUAAGUUGAUAGGGACCCUUUUAAGUUGACAGGGACCCUUUUAAGUUGAUAGGGACCCUUUUAAGUUGACAGGGACCCUUUUAAGUUAAGGACCCUUUUAAGUUGAUAGUAACCCUUUUAAGUUGAUAGGGACUCUUGUAAGUUGAUAGGGACCUAAGUUGAUAGGGACCCUUUUGAGUUGAUAGUGACACCUAUAUGAUGAUAGGGACCCUUAAGUUAAGGACACUAUUGUGUUGAUAGGGACCCUUUAAGUUGAUAGGAGCCCUUUUAAGUUGAUAGGGGCUCUUUUUGGUUGAGAGGGACCCUUUUAAGUUGAUAGGGACCCUUUAAGUUGAAAGGGGCCCUUAUUUAUUGAUAGGUGCCUUUUUGAGUUCAUGGGACCCUUUUAAGUUGAUAGGGGCCCUUAAGUUGAUAGAGGCUCUUAUGGGUUGAUAGGGAGCCUUUUGAGUAAUAGGGAUCUGGAUAUUGUUUUCCUUUGUCUAUUCAAUAAGAUAACAUGACCAUCUUGUCCAACACAAAGUAAGCAGAUGAUGCACGGAGUGGUGAGGUUGAGGAGUCAUGUCUUUAAAUGCAUAUUUUUGUUUCACGUUAUCUGAUUGUUGUGUACAAGUAGCACAAUCACAGUCACUGCCUCUAGCAAGGCAGUGCGAGAAACUUAUCAUUGGUUCUUUGUCCGUCACAUUGGAAGCUGCCACAAUAUUCACUCAUAUCACGAUUUGUGUUUCCAUAGCAACGUGAACUUAAUUGAUGCUGUUUUUGUUUGUUAUUUCAGAAUCAAUGUUUUCUUCUGCAAUUAAAUAACACACACAAACUCUUCUCUAUCUUCUACUGUUUCCAGGAUAGAGGUGUGUCUCAAAAUGUAGUCAUGUCAACCUAUGCAUGUGAUUAACAUUGUUUUUCAACAGUACUUUAAUUGUAUUAUGUAACCAUUUGGAGGUGGUCCACUCAAAUUCUGUCUACCAAAUGAUAAACAUGUGUAGCUAAUCCAAAAUAUGGUUGUAAUUCUACAUGUUUGCAUAUUUUCACGAAUACUUAGUUCCAAUCUUACAUGGAAGGUCACCAACUUGCAGUUCAGGCAAAAUGUUGGUCGUGUUCGGACCCUGAUUGCGUCACAUGUACAGAUGUAGUACAUAUGUACAGAGCUGUGUACAGCGUCAUCUAUACAUCCCCUCACCAGCACUCCAGCCCCACUCCAUUCUGCCCCUCUUCUCUAGUCUUGCUGACGGGGCUGUGUGUUGAUGGAGUGGUGCAUAUAUUGUAGUGCAAUUUAUUUAUAAAUUUUUGUGCAAAGGAACACCCCUCGGUCUUCAUGAUCGUGGCUUCACAUGUAACUAGAACGAGGCUAGAUACAUGACAGUUCACCAGUCACUUAUUUGAUCAGUUGUGCUCGUCUUGUAAAUAUGAACUUUUCAAUCCCUUCAUAAAACCAUCUGGUUGUGAUUUUAUUUACGUUUCACUUGUGAGUUAUUUAUUUGUAGUUAUUUAUUAUUUAAUAUAUGAUGUACAAUUAGUAGAAACAUGCUCAUGUUGCCUAGAGCGAGAUAAUUGCUUCCGCAGCAAAAACAAAUAUUCAGUCCCUCUCGUAGGCAGCAGGUUGUGAUGCUGCAGGGUAGAGUUAUCUCCCUUUGCUUGGUGAUUACAGAAAUAUUCCAAAAUGGCUGUGACUCGCUUGCAUGCAUUUCCCCUAUGGCUGACAUCCUUUUGUUUGAGGUGAUACCCGACAAGCCAACUGAUCAUACAAGUCUCUGCAUCCCCUGGUGCCUGGCUAUGUUCCUGAUAUUGUUUUAGCUGUACAGUUACCGAACCUGCCCGGUCGUUGACGUGUGUACCUACGGAUGGAUGGACAGACGGAGGAAUGCUGUCUGACCUCCCAUUCUACAGGAGUCAAAGGUCAUGUCAAUGUUCAUGCAUGGUCAGUGUUAACAAUCAUAAUACAAAAAUAAAAUCAUAAAAAUAGA